AUGAGCAAGACGAAGAGAUUGAGCAAGACCCGAAGAUCAGGCACGUGCUUCGGGUACUCACGAGUGGGCAUGGCCUGCAGUGCGCUCACCUUCCUUCACUCUCCUAGUUAUCUCAGCAUGAGCGGAACGAAUUUCUUUGCGGGCGCUCACGGCUUUGUUGCUAGCAACAACACAAUGAAUGCAGCUAACACUAUCAACAUCCACCACAUUUAUGGCAAUACGACAUGCCGAAAUUUUUGCUCCGGCCCAUGUCUAGAGCCACGCGGCCGUGCUCAGCAUCUCAAACCCCCAGACGGUGCAGCGGUUCCCACCUCAAUUGAAGCCAUUCCUUUCCGUCCAAGCGCAUUUGGCGACAUCGUCACCGCCGCCCGACUUGCUCUCAUGAUUCACGAAUCUCUCGGCGAUAGCAGAGGGGCUCCGCAUGAGCUUAACUGCUUCGUCGACGAGCUACGUUCUUUCGCCGACGCCUUGCUUUCGCUUUCCGAGAUAGUUCGUGAGAUUGAACUACAACCCCUUGGCCCAGUAACCAUGAAUAUCAUAUACGAAGCUGCGACCUGCCUCGAUUUCGUGAAGAAGGUCAGAGAUGGUAUCGAACCAUACGAGACAGCUUUCGCGGCAGGGCGAGGUUCCUUCAGGAAAGUUUGGUACAAAGUCUGCUGGGGUGUUUUCAGGCCAAAGGAAAUUACGAUACUGCGGAAGAAGCUUUCUCAGCGUACACAGAAGAUCGCAAUCUGGGUGGGCGUAUUGGGAAUUUUCUUGACUUCCAACUACCGCAAAACCGUCGCGGCGAUCGAGACAAGAACAAAUGAGCUACUCAUGGUACAUAAAAACAUAGCUCCAUCUAUUUCGUACGGCGUUGGGAAUACGGCGAUUUUGACGGAUGCAUUUGGGAAGCCGAUACCGUUGGCAAUGGACUUUUAUUGCUCGCCAGAGGCCCUCCAUAACUUCCUGAUGUUCUACUUCAAGGAGAAGAUUGGGCUGGAGUCUGUUGAGAGACACGAGUACAGCAUUUCUACUGAGGACGGAAAGACGAUCAUGAAGUCUGAUUCUGCGGCAUGGAGAUCCAUUGUGAAAGAAGGUGCAGUACUCGUCAUGAGUAUUCUGAUUAGAAUACAACUGGAGUCAGGGAGUGCUAAAGACCAGAGAAACACUUGCCCACGGUGUUUUAGGACUGAUGUUGGUGUGAUGCGGGACCAAGGGUGGUUAGAGUGGGUGGAGUAUGUGCAUGCAUCGAAAAUGCCACCAAAGAAUCAAAGCAUAGUUGAUUUUCGGAAUCUCCGAGUGAUCCCAGUGCGACAGGUUGAAGAAGAAGUAUGUGAACUUGUUGAUUUGACUCUGACCAUGCUUCUGACCAUGUGUCUUGCUUUCUUGUUUCCAGUGUUUAAAAAGUGGUUUAAAUAUUCGAUGGAAGUAUGUGAACUUGUUGAUUUGACUCUCACCAUGCUUCUGACCAUGUGUCUUGCUUUCUUGUUUCCAGAAGUAUGUGAACUUCUUGAUUUGACUCUGACCAUGCUGCUGACCAUGUGUCUUGCUUUCUUGUUUCCAGAUGAUUGGGAUAAAGGAGUACGUGCAGUGUCAUUUAGUUGUAUUCUGAAAAUGUUACCUAAGUUUGAGAGCUGA